GAAUUUUGCACUGAUUAAUCAAAUUUCAAUUCAAUCUCAAUCUCCAAUCCGUAGUCUGAUACAGGCUUUAGAUCUCUUCUUCUUAAGGUGUGUUCCACUUAACAUUCGUAAAGAUUGCGACUAUUGGUCUACAAUGUCCAAUCAUAUUGGUCGAAUUGCCAAAUUGUCGAAUUGACCAAUGCGACUCGACAUUCUUGGGAUAACUUAUUUCGUCAUCGUUGUAGCAUUUAAAAAGAACGCAUUCUAGUAGGUUAUGUAUAUUUAUUCUGUAAAACGUGUUUGUUGCAUGUGUACGUAUUUUUACGGUAAUUUUUGAAAGUUACAAUAAAAAUAUACACAUUAGACAUCAUGUCUAAGCGUCCAGAACGUAUGGCACCACCUGAGGUGUAUUAUAAUGAAACAGAAGCCAAGAAGUACACUCAAAGCUCCCGUAUGAUAGAUAUUCAAGUACAAAUGUCUGAACGUGCUAUAGAACUUCUUGUAUUACCUGAAGACCAGAGUUGUUUACUCUUAGAUAUUGGCUGCGGCUCAGGUCUAAGUGGCAGUGUGCUAGAAGAUCAGGGACAUGUAUGGAUAGGUGUUGAUAUUUCUUCAGCUAUGCUUGAUGUAGCUAAAGAAAGAGAAACGGACGGUGACUUGAUCUUAGGGGAUAUAGGUCAAGGAAUGCCAUUUAGAGCCGGUGCGUUUGAUGGUGCUGUUAGUGUUUCUGCAUUACAAUGGUUGUGUUAUGCAGACAAAGCUUCACACAAUCCUGUUAAACGUUUAUAUCAUUUCUUCUCAACAUUGUUUGCAUGUCUGUCGAGAAACGCAAGAGCUGUAUUGCAGUUCUAUCCAGAGAACAGUAAGCAAAUUGAGUUAGUUACUACUCAAGCUACAAAAGCUGGUUUCUUUGGCGGCGUGGUCAUAGAUUUUCCAAAUAGUACAAAAGCAAAGAAAAUAUUUUUGGUCUUAAUGACCGGUGGUGCAGUUGCUCUCCCAAAAGCACUAGGUACAGAAAGUGACAACCAGAAUGUAGCUUAUACAUCAAAAAGGGAGUAUAUAAAGAAAGCCAGGGGUAAACCAUUAAAGAAGAGUAGGGAGUGGAUUAUAGAGAAAAAGGAAAGACGGCGGCGGCAAGGAAAAGAAGUUAGGGAUGAUUCAAAGUAUACUGGACGAAAGAGAUGUGGGCGAUUCUGAACUAUAUAAUUGUUUUAAUUUUUAGAUAUUAUUAUUUUUUAAAUAAAGUUUAUAAUACAAUUAA